AUGUGGCGGCUUUUGCGCGAGUUUCGCCGCAGUCAACUCCUCGACAAAGUAUCUGUCGUGCAAGCUGGUCACGUGGUGCUUAGACAAGCAGCAGCUCCCGUGGACCCUCGGGCUAUUGCUAGUGAGGAAAUUCAGGCAAUCGUAGGCAAGAUGCACAAGAUUUUGGACGAUACAGAACAUCAUGGCUUGUCAGCACCACAAAUAGGAGUCGCUCUUCAGAUCAUGAUUGUGCAGAUCACAGCACGUCAAUUGAAAGAUCUAGGCAAGAGGACCGUGUCAGCAUUGCAAAUGACUGAGCUUAGACGGAGGGUUUUUAUUAACCCAAAGCUCUCAAUUAUCGACUCUAGUGUGGUGAUAGAGCGUGAGGGAUGUCUCAGUGUGUUUGGGCAUUCUGCUUGUGUGCCGAGAGCUCGAGAGGUUUGUGUGUCGGGGUUGGAUGAAAAUGGCGAGCAAGUACAGUUGAGAGCGAGAGGAUGGGCUGCGAGGAUAGUACAGCACGAAAUAGAUCAUUUACAGGGACUACUGUUUGUUGAUAAAAUGAAAUCUCGCACUUUUGCAAACGACCACUGGAUUGAUCGAAGGUAAUCCUUUGAUCGACUGAACGUAGUGUGUGUAUAUUAGUAGACAGUAAUCUAUUGUAUAUAUGUACAUAUCAGACA